CAAUACGGAGUGAAAGUAUACGCACUAACAACACACUCAACGUUACUUGUAGUAAACUACUACAGAACUUUGACGUUUGGAAGGUAUGGCAUACCUCGAAGGAUACUCUUAAUUCUUGGCAGUAAAAAAGAAACACUACAUCUGCCUGAGUAGGAGCUUUAGCGAAAACGGAAGAAGAGAGAAGUGAAACCUCUAGCUUGGGCUAUGGAUUUUUGAAGUCGCUACAAACAGUUGUCAGACUCUACGCACUUGCUUCCUGUUGACAGUGAGGCUAAUAAAUAUCUAACAACGAGGUACAAUGUAAUUAAUAUCGCGAAAAGAUACUAAAACCAAGGGCAGGAAACAAUUUAGGACAAGACGUAAACAACCCAGCGGACCCCGUGUGUUUGUUUUCUACAUGAAUCUGUUGGCAGGAUGUCGCUGAGUUCAGGCGGUUGGACUCACACCCCUGCCUACACACCGGACCAGUCCGCUGCCCUCCCCAGUCACUAUGGGGCCUCGCAGUCACAAUUUAGCUGCCGAACCGUCUUAAUCUCGGUUCGGGUGACGGUGUGCCAUUCUGGUAUUCGGCCGUUGUGUCUUCCGGGAGCAGGUGAUGAGUCACUCCGCCUGCAGCUCAGCAUGGACCCGGGGAAAUCCGGGGAAUUCCUGCUGUCGCUCCAGGACAGCAGCGGGACUGGCCGGAGUGUGACAAUCGCUGAGUUUGAUUUGAGGACAGUACACUAUGAGUUGAAGUCACCAAAGUGCCAUGAGCUGAGUUUGGUAGCACCUCCACAUGACCGCAUCAGCUUUAACUUCCAGUGUGAGCAGGAGGCCCAUGAGUGGGCUACGGUGAUGAUGUCAUCAUUAAGAGAAGCACAUAGAGUUGCCCCUCAAGAUAAUGGUCCACAGCACCCCCUGGAUGGUCUCCAUCUUCAGAACACGUUGGCCUUGCAACAAACAGAGGAAACCUGCACAGAGUUGACCCGAGCCAUAGAAGCAGGUGACAUGCAGUCUGCUUCUGUAAUUGCUGCCACGCUCGCCCGACAACAUGCUGCGCUCAAGAUUCAGCCCUUUACCAGAGACUAUGAAGACACUGAAAUCAAUUUGGCUGUUGUAUUUGAAGAUUCUUCCUCAUCCUGUUGUGUCACUGUUAAAGUUUUCCCCCAUAUGACUACCGCUGCACUGAAACAGCAGAUGUUUCUAGAGUAUGGCUUUCAUCCGCGGGUGCAGCGCUGGGUGAUUGGCCAGUGCUUGUGCACCAACCAGCGUUCUCUCGCUUCAUACGGUGUUCGUCAGGAUGGCGACACAGCUUUCUUGUACCUCCUGUCAGCCCGUCAUGCUCGUUUGACGCUCCAAGUCCUCCAGCAGGACCAGGAGAGUGCCCUUCUCCUUAGUCCUCCAUCAUUGUCGCUCCCCACCACUCCCUUCCCUUCUACCUCUGCAAAAGGCACCUUAUCUCAGGACCGGAGGCUAUACACCACUCUGCCCCCCAGAAUGCAUACCAGCAAGAACAUUGGUGGGUCAGAGAGCGGGAACAUCAGUAAGAUCAGAGAUCUCAUCAACCUAGAGAUGCCUCAACUCAGUGAAGCACUGAGCCUCAACACAUCCUCCACCCAGGGUUGGUCAUGCCCCUCUUGCACUUACAUUAACAAACCAUCUCGGCCGGGGUGUGAGAUCUGCAGUACAAACCGACCUGAGAACUAUGUCAUCCCGGGGGGAUACCGACCCGAUGCGCUGGAACUCAGGCGCAUCCAGCAGGAGAAGGAGGCUAUCAGACAGUACCAGCAGGCAAGGGAAGAAGAGCGCAGGGAGAAUUUUGCUCGGCUGGUGAUGAUGGAUGGCCAGGAUCUGGUGCCUAACCCAGAGCCUGUGGACUGUAGAAUCUGCUACGUGGACCUGCCGCCUGGAGAGGGGGUCCUGCUUAGGGAGUGUCUUCACUGCUUCUGUAGAGAGUGUUUACGCUCAGUCAUCAUGUUGAGUGAAGAGCCCGAGGUGUCCUGUCCAUACAGAGAUGACACAUAUUCCUGUGCCUGCUCCCUGCAGGAGAGGGAGAUCCGAGCUUUGGUGCCACCAGAGGAGUAUGAGCGCUGGCUGCAGAGAGGUCUGUCAGUGGCAGAGUCUCGAUGUGAGGGCAGCUAUCACUGUGCCACUCCAGACUGUCGAGGCUGGUGUGUGUACGAGGACACAGUCAAUGUCUUCCACUGCCCCAUCUGUGGGAAACACAACUGCCUGAUUUGCAAGUCUAUCCAUGAGGGAAUGAACUGUAAGCAAUACCAGGAUGACCUUGCAGUCCGUGCUAUAAAUGACUCUGCUGCAAGAAGGACAACACAUCUACUCAAGACUCUUGUGCAGUCAGGGGAGGCAAUGCACUGUCCCCAGUGUGGCAUUAUUGUGCAGAAGAGGGAUGGAUGUGAUUGGCUGCGCUGCACUGUCUGUCACACUGAGAUCUGCUGGGUAACCAGAGGGCCCCGCUGGGGGCCUAGGGGUCCUGGAGACACCAGUGGGGGAUGUCGCUGCAACGUCAACAAUCAGAAAUGCCAUCCUAAGUGUCAAAAUUGUCACUGAGACUCUCCAGAGUGGUCAGAUUGAGGAAGGGAAUGAGAGACUGAAUUUAAAAUAUACUAUUCUCUAAAACUAGGGAAAAAAGGAUUGAGGCAUAUAAAAAGGUAUAUUCAAGCCAAAACCUACUGCGAAGUAUUGUUACAAACAAUUCUCAGCAAAAUUCUAACCAUCACUUACUGCCAAAAUGAUCUGUGUCCUAGGCUUUUCAGUAUAAUCAGAAAGACAGGAAUAAUAUGUUGACAUUUAGCUUUGCCUCUUACAGACAAGGAAAUGCAAGCUGUGUGAUUUUAAUCCAGUGUUUAGCAUAAAUUCAAUGACCACAUGACUGAAAUGAUAAUAAAGUGUGAUCAGAAGCAUGCAGGGAGAGUUUUAACUUUUUUGUGUGUGGUGCCUUUUUAAAAUGAUUGCACUGGAAUUGUAGCGAUACAGGUGUGUUGUUUUGUUUUGGUAAUUGGAUGCAUUAAACUGAAGUGACCUUACUCUUGUGCACAAAAGCUGUAGUAGGGUGUUUAUGAUGACAUUUUCUGGGAAAAGUGAUGAAAUUCUUGUUGUGUCCUUGAUAUGCAAUUUUCUGCAUUGAGAUAGAUUAAAAAAGUGUAUGUUAUAUAUAGUUGGUAUAUUUUUUGUGUCUGUGAUAAUCCGAUUACAUGUUUGACACCAAACAAGUGUGAAAUUAAUAUAUGUCUGGUUGCUAGUCUGAUACUGAUUUGAUGUUUAAUCACCUGACCUAGAUUGGAGCAAGGCUGCAUUCUGUUUGUCACUCACAUGCUUCCGUAUUGGACAACAAGUGCAACGAUUCAGAGGUCACAGAGUGUAGAGAUAUGUUAUAAUCCAGAGAUAUAUCAGUACGCUCUCACAUCAAUAAAUGGGAGAGUGUAUUGAUUAAUAGUCAAAAUUCUUUGCAACACUUUAAUAAUUUCUGUAAGAGAAGGCACAUGUAAAAACGUUUUAUCAAUAAGCUAAUUUUCCUGUAAAGGAACUCAAAGAUGAUAGGGUGCAUAUGGUGAUAUUAGCCGGUAUACUUAACUGCUUUUUAAUGAUAUGUGAAAACUUUGUAUCCAUAUUGAUAUUUGGAAUAUUUUAUAAUUCAUGUAUGCAUGAAUUUGUUAUUCAAAGAUGAUAAUGGAUAUUCACAACAUCAAGUAUCCUCACCAGAGGAAAAAGUAUCCUCACCAGAGGAAAAAAAUAAGAUGAACUCCAAAUACCACAGUAUGCCCUCAACUACACUACUGCCCCACACUGAGAAGCCAUGAAUAAAUCUUCACUGUUACUUGUGUUUAAAUGACAGCACUGUGUUGGUCAUGCUCUGCUGUGCCUUAAUA